AUGGACUCAUUGCCGUUCGAGACCCUUCAUCGAAUUUUCGAGCACUUUGAAUGCACGAUACCCUUUGACAACUGGGAGCAGGGCUACAUCGCCGAGAUAGAAUGUCCACCGCCGAAGGACCUGAUCGCGCUCUCACGAGUGUGCCGCCGGUUUCGCGAUGUCUCCCGCCCUCUCAUCUACCGCACAGUCGCGUUCCAGUGGCGCGAGGAAAAUUAUGAGCAGAAGAUAAUAGAGGCAUUCUUGCGCACGCUGUGCGACGAUCCUCCUCUCGGGCGCAUCAUCCGAGACUUCCACGUGGAUCACUGGAGAGCCUGGAAUCUCGAGGCAACCGACGUCGUCCACAAACUUCUAGCCGCACCCGAUUCUCUGGAUGAGAGGCAACUGAGAUGGCUGCGGCGGUGGCUAGCGGCGGAACGAGACAGGCCCGAGGAGGAUUUCCUGCUCAUUCUUCUGAUCCUCACGCCUAACCUGCGAAUGCUUGAUUGUGGGCAGGCGGCGGUGGACGGCGGAAUUGGAGCUUACCUUAGUGGAAGGCAAGAUGUAGAAGAUGUUUUCUUCGACAACUUCGACAAGAUAUGGUCGAAAGAUAAGCCCCCUUCGUCUGGGAGGAUGCUUUCCGAGGACGAGGAUAUUAACGAUGAUGAUGAUGAUGACGAUGAUGGUGGGGAGUCCGGCUCUGAUCCGAAGAAGGAGGAUAGGGACGAAGAGGCCACAAGUAUCAUGCCAAGCCAAGAGACUGCCCAUCAGCAUGCUGUCCCGCCUGGUCAUCCCUUUGCACAGCUCAGGGAAGUGCGCUUCAGGAACGAUAUCGGCAAUGGCUUUGAAAACGCUUCAGAUAUCGAAGGCGUGCUUUUGCAUCCUGAAAUCGAGACUCUUCGGCUCUUUGCCUUCACCUGGGCAAAAGAAGAUGUCCAGAGAAUGCAUUGGAGCCACAUUCCAAGCAGCCUCACAUCUCUGCAGAUGAAAUCUUCCAUUAUUGAUGCUGUCGGUCUGAAAAAUAUACUCAGACGGUGCCCCCAGCUUCAGAAUCUCCACAUUGUCUUGGCCGUUAUUGGGAGAAUGGACUCGGAUGAUCAAGGCGACGAGAUCGACUUUGAUAAGAUGGGAGCCGUGUUGAGAAAGUAUGGGCAACGCCUCGAGACGUUUGAUUUCGAGACUAGCGGUUUCAGAGGCUACUUCUCGCCGGAUGGCCAUCUGGGAUCCUUGAAAAAGUUGAAAGCCCUGAGACAACUCAAGGUGAGCUGUGAAGAUCUCCAGGAAGACUUUCCGCGUGAUGAUGAGGAUGAACUAGCAGCCAAGUUGAGAAAUGGUCUGCCUCCACGGCUGGAAUCGAUCCAUAUCCGCGCCUCCGACGCGCCUUGUGGUGACGUGGUCCCUCGUGCACUUCUUACGGACAAAUCCUUUACUGCACUGCGUACAGUUGAAGUAGAGUCUUUUGAUAGCAGCAAUCCUGAAGAUCUAGUUGUGCCAGGAUGGACAAAGUCUGAGAGGGUCGACUGGAUCAACAGGAGUGAGACUGAAGAAGGGGAGCUACAUCCGAUUACCAUCGUCAUCUUUUCGCGAGAUGCAUAA